AACAUGCAAACAUAAACCAAAAGUUAAAAUGUCUUUGUACAAUGAGAAACAUCAGUCACGAAGCCAGAGGAUGGUAGAUAUAGCUAAGAAAAAUAAAACGGAAAAUUCUAACAUAAAUGACGAUGUAGCUACCACAACCGAUGACAAUAAGAAGAUUAUCAUUUUGAAAAAUGAUGUUAUUCAAAAACCUCAUUGUGGCUUGGUUAGCGAGCAAGUUGUUAACAAUCAAGAUCAAGACGAAUACCAGUCUAUUGAUCAACAACCAAUGGAACUUGUAAGAGACUUUGUUAGCGAGGAAGUUGUUAGCAAUCAAGAUCAAGACCAAUACCAGUCUAUUGAUCAACAAACAAUGAAAAUUGAACCACAUUGUUCCUCUGUGAACCAGCAAGUUGUUACCGAUCAAGAUCAAGGAAAACUUCAAUAUAUUGAUCAACAAAAUAUGGAAAUUGACGUAGGGGACAACAAAAGCGACAUAACCGAUCCUUUUGCUACUGAUUCAGAUAAUUCUUACAGAACAGAAAGUGACAAUGAAACCAGCGAGUCAGAGAGAGAAACACAAAAAAGGAAAAAAAAGUCAAGAAAAAGAGUCAGAAAUGAGUUAGGGUGGCAAGUAUCUAAAAGGAAGGUUGCAAGAGCAAAUGGCCAAGAAUAUAAAACAAAAAAGAAUAAAAUUGUCCAGGCAAAAAUCUUGAAAGAACCAUGUAGAUGCAAGAAAAAGUGCUAUGAAAAAUUUAGCCAUGAGGAAAGGAUAAGUAUUUUUAAAGACUUUUAUUCUUUGACAUAUAAUGAACAAACUCAGAUUUUGUCAAGUUCAGUUAGGGAAUUUAAAAAGCGUCGAUGCACUAAACUUGAAGAAGACAGCAGAAGAUCAUUUAGUCAUACCUAUCUACUGAACAAAGGAGGAUUACCUAUAGAAGUUUGUAAGGUGAUGUUUAUGAAUACUCUGGAUGUAAGUUUUAAAAGAGUAAGAUAUACGAUUGAGAAGUGUAGGCUUUCUAUAAGCGGAAUAUGUGGACCAGACCAAAGAGGGAAGCAUGGCAACCACCAUAAAAUAUCAGAUGAAGAUAAAAGUUUUGUAAUCCAACAUAUCUCUAAAUUUCCAGCUUACAAGAGUCAUUAUUCUCGAUCGCAUUCAGAGAAACGAUACUUAUCUCCCGAUUUAAGCAUUCAACAAAUGUAUAGGCUUUAUAUCGAAUAUUGUAAAGAAGCGGAAAAAACUCCGGUGUCUGACCACUAUUACCGAAGUAUUUUUGUGUCCAAUUUCAACCUUUCGUUUCAUCCACCCCAUAACGAUACCUGCAGCAAGUGCGAUAAGUUAAACAUCUUAAUAAAAUCUUCCGCUGAUGAAGGACAAAAAAUAGACUACGAACGAGAAAAAAAAGAACAUUUAGAUGCAGCAGAGAAGACGUACAAUGCAAAAAGGAUUGACAAAGAAAAAAGUAAACAAGAUGAAACUAUAGUAACGGCAAUGUUCGACUUACAAAAAUGUUUACCGACUCCCCACCUAAAAAGUGGAAUUGCCUUUUAUAAAAGGCAGUUGUGGGUUUUCAACCUAACAAUAUACGAGGUUACAAAAUCCAACGGAAAUAGAUCUUUUUGUUUCAUGUGGGACGAAACCACUUCAAACCGUGGAGGACAGGAAAUUGCAUCCUGUCUCCUUAAGUACAUAAGAAACUUGCCCCCAGGGGCAACCUGUCUAAAUUUAUAUAGUGAUUGCUGCUCAGGGCAAAAUAAAAACAUUCAUGUUGUUACUCUACUGUCCAAGGUGUUUCAACUUUUGCCACCAAACCACAUGCUAAAAGAAGUCCACCACAAAUUCCUAAUCUCCGGUCAUACUCACUUGGAAGCAGACUCGAUUCAUGCUUCAAUAGAAAAAGCUAAAAAGCACACAACAAUGGAUAUAGAAAUACCCAGAGACUGGUCCACUCUGGUUCGCAGCAUUCAGCGAAAAGGAGGAAUUAAAGUCAUUGACAUGUCUCAGGAUGAUUUUUACAAUAUAAGCGCUCUUCAGAAAGCGUAUUUUGUGAAUAGAAAGAAAAACGCGGACGGAGAGCAAAUGUCUUUUUUGAAAGCAAACUAUUUCCUCUACACGAAGGAAAACCCUGGAAAAAUUUUCUACAAGGAAGGCUUAUUGGCAAAAGAAGAUUUCAAAGUCUGGGAUAUAACAAAGAAGAAAAAAGGACAGCCAGAUGAGACACAACUCGUUUUGGAAAGGCUACAUAAUUCGUACCCGUUGCCUCUUCCAAAAAAAAAAUUGGACGACAUUAAUACGUUAAUACAAUAUAUACACCCAAAUUGUCGGCUUUUUUAUGCUAAUCUCAAAUCAGAAGAAACAGCUGCCGAUGAAGAUGUAUGUCCGACAGCUAUUUUACAAUAUGAUGAAUAA